GUUGCCUCUCUUAUAUAUAGUGAGUGCUUCAUCACGCGGAAUGUGAGUAAGAAGCCAUGACAAAUUGGCACGAUCGAGUCGAAACGCGUUCUUCUGCUGUGCACGUGGUUUGAUGAAGAAAAAAGAGGUGCGUUAUCGGGGACAAGUUAUUGGAGAUGUAGUCGGCGUGCAAAUGGAUCCUGAUUGUGUCGAGUCUCGAUCGACCUUCGUCACGCAAACUUCCGUCUCGAUCGACCUUCGUCACGCGAACUUCCGGACUCCCACUCUAAAAAACAGAGGCUGCGUCGAACUGGGACAAACCUCAUGCACCAAUUAUAUGGAUUGA